AAAUGUGGGGGGGUGGGAGGAAGGGCAGACCAGCAAGUUUUAAAAGGAAAGCAAGACAUUUUUCUAAAAAUAAAAACGUAUAUUUGUUCGGGCCACGUCUCCCCUUCUCACUCUUUCCGUUUGCAAUUUCAUGUUCAUAUUCUUUCCGGAGGCAGCAUUUUUGUGGAAAUACUGAACUCCGCUACUGAAAUCGCACAUAUGUACUCAUUUCAAAUGGACAAAGACAGAUUCGCCGUUAGCCGUGGACCAUGCUCCUGGCUCGAAAUGCACCAGUUCAUUGGGGAUCUCAUGAGCUCCAGCUCCACCCAACCGGUUAAGGACACUGCCCAGCAGGAGGCACUCCGUACCGCCUGGGAGACUGCUGGACACGAGGCCCUGGGACUGAAAGUUGCGCCGGUGGCACCCCCCGCCCAAGCAAGGCAGCCUCCCAGCAAAAUGCCCCCAGGCUACUGCCUCCAGCCCCUGCCUGAGUCUGGAGAAAGGAGUGGAGAGGCGGGAAGUGGUGCUCAGCAACUGCAACAUCGUACAUGCAACUGUCCUGCCUGCCCCUUCUCCUCCUCCUCCGGCCCCACGUUCCAGACGCUCAGGCCCAGAGAGAACCCCUCUUCACAGACUCAUCCACCCCAGUCUGACCAAGCCCGCCAGUCCAAAGAGUCCAGCACCGGUCCCGUCAGCCUGGGCCUCUGUCUCGGACUGGGUCUGUCGCUGGAGGAGGAGACCAGCGACCCGAGCAUCCCCUGUAACACAGAACCUGAGCCGCCCCAGCAGCGGCAGAACCAGGACAGAGGGACCACUUCCCAGAACCCAAACCCUAACCAUAACCCCGCCCACCACAACCCCCCGCACAUGCCCACCUUCCCUUGCCUCUGCUGCCACCGUGGCUUCCAGACCUGCGCCCAGCUUAUCCGUCAUCAGCAAGGCCCGAACCCCCACUUCCCCCACUCUCACCCCCAUUACCACCACCACCACUGUCCCCUCACCUCCUGCCUGCACUGCCCCCAGCUGCCCCACCCCCCGCAGUCCCCGCCCCCGUUCCCCUGCCUCUCCUGCCAGCGCACCUUCCAGACCUGCGCCCAGCUCCUGAGGCACCAGCAGGGCCACGCCCAGCAGGAGGGCCUCUCCCAGCACCCCUGCAUGCACUGCUCCGCCUCCUUCCCCCGCCCUUCCCAGCUCCUCCAGCACCAGCGCUCCCAGCAUGCCUCCAAGGCCGGUGGUUUCCUGUGCACCGAGUGUGGCCGGGCCUUCAACUCCCACAGCAACCUGCGCAUCCACCUCAACGUGCACACCGGCGCCCGGCCGUACACCUGCACCGACUGCGGCAAAAGCUUCAGCCAGUCGGGGGCACUCAAGAUCCACCGUCGCAUCCACACUGGGGAGCGUCCAUACACCUGCACCUACUGCGGGCGGGGCUUUCCCCACCUGGCCGGAAUCCGGGCCCACCAGCGCACCCACACGGGCGAGAAGCCCUAUUGCUGCCCGCAGUGCGGCAAGUGCUUCACCCAGUCGGGGGCGCUCAAAAUCCACCUGCGCAUCCACACUGGCGAGCGGCCUUUCAUCUGCGGCCUCUGUGGCAAGGGCUUCUCCAACCGCUCCGGGAUCCGUUUCCACCACAGGACCGUGCACGGGGUCACCUCUGAGGCCGGCCUCAGCCUGGGUGCCGCCACCCACGCUGGCCUGAGUCUGCUAUCCUCGGCCAUUGCCGGGGUUAGCUCCAGUCCCAACGCCAGCCUCGGCCCCAUCGGAAGCCCCAGCAUCAGCCCCGUCGCCAGCCUCAGCCCCAACGCCAACACCUGUGACAGCCCCGUUAGCGAUCCUAACACCGACGUCCGCCCCAGCUCCAGCAUUGCCACUGUCUCCAGCUCGCUCUCCUCCCCCGGGUCCAGCUUCAGCCUGGAUCCCCAGCCCGCGGCCGGGAAGGACGCGCCGAGCAGGAGUGAGUCUGCCGAGAGGAAGAGGAAGGAGCUGCCGUACGCCUGCGAGGACUGCGGCCUGCGCUUCCGGGACGCCCCCUCCAGGAACAAGCACCAGGAACUGGAACACUACUGCAACCAGGAGGAGGAAGAGGAGGGGGAAGGAGAAGGGGGGGAGCCGGGUCUCGGAAAAGAUGGGGGAGCGGGAGAGACGGUGGAAAGCAUAAUGCAGUGAAGACUGGGGGGGUGGGGAACACAGGGAGGGCAGCGGAGGGAGGAUGAGGUAUGAAGGGAGAGGAGGAGACGUCGUGCCUAAGAACUACUAAACAACUCCACGACAGUGCCAUUUUUUUAGAUUUGACCUAAUUAUGAAUAUUUAUAAGAAGCACUUUAAAAGACGAGAUGCAACGAUACUUGGAUACUUUAAACGCAGAUGUAUUUGCUAGCUUUUUGAUAUGUGAAUUUCUUGAAUCGAAGUGAUCUGUUAGCAUUUUUGGCACUAACUUGACCACUUAAUCUGAUGCCUCCAGAUGCAAAUGUUGGCAAUUCUGUUCAUUUUCAUUUUUGACAAAGAAGCAGCUGUCCAGAAAGUUGGACUUGAAACAUUCAAGUGAAUGCGAACAUCCCGU